AUGGCACACAACUCAUUCCCGGGUACCAACCCCUUCCUCAGCACGGGCAAGACGGACAAGUCGCCGGGCAUCCAAAAGAUCUCCGAGGAGGAAGAAUUCGAGGUGACGUCACCAACCGAUGUCACUUUUCGCAAGACCAACGCCGGUGCCCCGACGGAAACUGCCUAUCGCGAAGGACCUGGUGCGGCAGAGCAAGAGUCACAAGGAGGCGGCGGUAGCGGUGGUUCGUUGUUUGGUCGGAGCCCCUUCGAGUCCGGCACCGGGGAGGGCAGUCACGGCGGAGACGGUGAUCAACCCGGUAUCCCGACAGGUGCCGCGCUGCAGCACGGAUUUCCCAACAAUUACGCGCUGGGACGACGGACCUCUGUGUCUGCGGAGUCGUUAAAUCCCACCUCCGCCGGUGCGGACAGCUGGACGCCUCCGCACCACCCCAAGACGGACGAGCAGCUGGCGCGGCUCAAAACCGCCGUCAGUGGGAAUUUCCUGUUCGCACAUCUCGACGAUGAUCAAUUCAAGACGGUCCUGGAUGCGCUUGUCGAGAAGCCCAUUCCGGCCAAGGAUAUCAAAGUGAUCGCGCAAGGCGAUGCCGGGGAUUACUUCUACGUGGUGGAAAACGGCAACUUUGACAUCUACAUUCACCCGUCUGGCUCUGUGCAGCCUGGUCCCGAUGGCCUAGGCAAUAAAGUCGGCUCGACCGGACCGGGAGGCUCUUUUGGCGAACUGGCGCUGAUGUACAACGCCCCGCGCGCCGCGACCGUGGUGUCAACAGAUGCAAAGAGCACCCUGUGGGCGCUGGACCGCAUCACCUUCCGGCGCAUCCUGAUGGACUCGGCAUUCCAGCGGCGCCGCAUGUACGAAGCGUUUUUAGAGGAAGUGCCGCUGCUCUCCUCGCUGAAGCCGUACGAGCGCGCCAAGAUCGCCGACGCACUGGACACGAUCAAGUACCCCGCCAAUUCGACCAUUAUUCAAGAAGGCGAUCCCGGCGACGCCUUCUAUCUCUUAGAGUCUGGCGAGGCCGAGGCGCGCAAGAAUGGCGUCGAGGGUCCGGUCAAGUCGUACAGCCGAGGGGAUUACUUUGGGGAGUUGGCGCUCUUGGACGACAAGCCUCGCGCGGCGAGCAUCGUCACCAAGACCGAAGUCAAGGUGGCGCGGCUCGGCCGAGAUGGGUUCAAGAGGCUGCUUGGCCCCGUGCAGGAUAUCAUGCGGCGGGCUGAGUACAAAGUGGAUGCGUCCAAGUCUCCUGUUUCUUCUUCAUGA